AUGCCGCUAAGACGUUCCCCACCACUACAAACACAUAUAUCGGCGCCUGCAUCAGAUUGUGAAUCGCAUGUGUCAGAUACAAAUGACACCGUACGAAUGGACAAGGCUUCGCAACGACAGAAGCGCAAGCGCACCAAUACUUCAGAUUCGCAACUAAUGAACUUCAUGACUGAAAUGAAAGGCUUAUUUAGUGAGUUCAAGGCACAACAGGACGAUAAACUGGAUAAGAUUUGUUCCGUUAUCGAAGAAAUAAAAACCCAAAAUAGCGAGAUUAGAAGUUCCAUGGAGUUUUUAUCAAAUAAAUAUGAUUCUAUGCUAGAUCAGUUAAAUACGCUCAGACAGGAAACCGCGAAUAAUAAAGUUUAUAUUGAAUCCCUCGAAAAUAAAAUAGAAAAAUACGAAAGAAGCAGUCGCUCCACUUGUGUGGAAAUAAGAAACAUUCCCGUUAUUAAGUCUGAAACCAAACCCACUUUGUUAAAAACCUUAACCGAGAUUGGUAAUAUAAUUAAUGUGUCUAUUCAACCCUUGGAGGUAAAAGAUGUUUUUCGUAUAAAUAAUAAAAAUCAUGAAACUAAAACGAUUAUCGUGGAGUUCACAAAUGUUUUUACAAGGGACAGAAUAUUGAAUGGUUACAAGAAUUUCAACAAAUCAAAUGGUAGACUGAACACUGAACAUUUAAAAUUUUCUGGCACUACUAAACCAAUAUUUAUAUCUGAAAACCUAACAGCUAAAAUGAAAAGACUUUUUUAUCUCACUAGGGUUUUUGCAAGUAGUAACGAAUAUAAAUAUUGUUGGACAGCCAAUGGGAAAAUUGUCAUCCGAGAAAAAGAAGGUUCCACUCUUCAUUGGAUCAAAGAUGAAUCAGAUCUACAAAAGCUUGGUAGACAAAAGUGA